AUGAGUCAGGAGUUGCUGCAGCUGUCGAGACCUGUUCAAGGAGCACCUGCACCCAACGAGACCCCAGAGAGGCAAAGGCUCAAGAUACCUGAGCGACUGAGUCAGAUACCUGAGCGACUGAGUCAGGAGUUGCUCAGCUGUCGGCCUCGAGCCUCUUCUGUUCAAGGAGCACCUGCACCCAACGAGACCCAAGAGAGGCAAAGGCUCAAGAUACCUGAGCGACUGAGUCAGGAGUUGCUGCAGCUGUCGACUCGAGCCUCUUCUGUUCAAGGAGCACCUGCACCCAACGAGACCCAAGAGAGGCAAAGGCUCAAGAUACCUGAGCGACUGAGUCAGGAGCUGCUGCAGCUGUCGGCUCGAGCCUCUUCUGUUCAAGGAGCACCUGCACCCAACAAGACCCCAGAGAGGCAAAGGCUCAAGAUACCUGAGCGACUGAGUCAGGAGCUGCUGCAGCUGUCGGCUCGAGCCUCUUCUGUUCAAGGAGCACCUGUGCCUCAAAAGACCCCAGAGAGGCAAAGACUAAAACUCCCUCAGCCGCUGAGGCAGGAACUCCUGCAGGUUUCGUCUUGUGCCUCUUCUGAGAAGGGAGCACCUGUGCCUCAAAAGACCCAAGAGAGGCAAAAGCUCAAGAUGCCUGAGCGACUGAGGAAGGAGUUGCUGCAGCAGAAGCAUCAAGCCUCUCCUGUACAGGGUGCUCCCAUGCCUUCCAAGUCCCCACAGGAAGCACCUUUACCUGACAGGAACCCUGUGCAUGCCGGGACCCCACAGGGAGCAGGAGUGUUUGCAGAGGCACUGUCCGCUGAGCCUCUGAAAGGAAUAACAGUUCCCUCCAGAACCAUGAAGACAAGAAAACGGAGGCUUGCUGAGCAUCAAAGCAUUCCUGUCUCUGCCACCCAGGCACUACCCAUGCCCUCCAGGACCUCAAGCGUGACGCCUGUGCAUUCUGGGACCCUACAGGGAGCACUUGUGACCAAAAGUUCCCCACAACAGGGAUCAAAUCCCAGAAUCACUGAGCAGCAGAGGCAGAAGCGGAGGGAGCAGUGGAGACAGCAGCAGAGACAGCGGAGGCAGCAGAAAGCAUCAGACAACGUCGAUGUGUGUGAGCCGCCUCCACAAAAAAAGCUGGGUGUGGAAAUCGAAAAGGUGCAGCUGAAGCUCAAACUGGGGAAGCAUCAAGCCCCAAAGCCCAGGACCCAGCUGACCCUGAAGAUGGAUCAUGCAGCUGUGGGUCAGCAGUCACCUCCAGAAAAAAAGCAGUGCAUGGCAAACAAAAUCAAAGCCCAGCAGUUGGGACCAAGCGGCUUAAAGCAUUUAUGUAGCAUAUUCAUAUGUUUAAUUGAAUAUUUGUAA